AUGGUGCGUCAGCUCCACGAUGGCAUGACGGGGCGCUUCACGGACAAUGGAUCUGUCUCAGAGGCAUUCUCAAAGACCAACGGUGGGAAGCAGGACUGCGUCCUCACGCCUAAACUCUUCAAUCUCAUGUUCUCUGCCAUGCUGAUGGACGCCUACCGUGACGAGCGCCCCGGGAUCCGCGUCGACUACAGGACUGGCAACCAACUCUUCAACCGCCGACGGACGCACUUCUAG